AUGGGUGUUGGAAAGGAGGGUCGAUUGCCCCCCGGCGAAACCGUUGGGAAGUCGGGGGAAAAGCGGAGACUCAAUAUCAAACGCCUCGAGUCCAUUGGCCGAUACGAUCAUCGUUGCCUUGGUACAGAUCCCAUGCUGGAGCCGCUACGCGCCAUUGGACGAUCUGGCGCGAGGAAUAUAACGGAAGAUAUUCGAGGCUCUCGAUUGGCCGGUACUGCCAUGGAUGCCUGGGUUUGCGCUUCUCGCGGAACUCAUGCUCACGAUGCUCAGCGGGAUUGGAAGAUCUGGCGCUUAGAAAGUAACGAAAUAUAA